UACCAGGCGUACAUACGCAAGUCCUCCACAGUGUGUAUACGAGUCUGUUCGGAAGACAGUCGAGUAUUUUUUCCCGUGUUCAGCGUAGACUGUAGGACAGAGACUUAAACCAUGCGGGCGUCGACGGCAAUGUUCCUUAGUGUACUGAGCGUUUUCUGCGUCCUGGCAGUGGUGAGAUCUUCAAUCGUGAGAUCAGCCGCUAUGAGAGAUCUUGCUGUAUGGAAAAGUGACGGGAGCCCUCUCGGAGAUGCCAUUGCGCGACAGGUGGCAGCACUGAGCAGAGAAAAGAGAGCCGCUGCAGACUGGCCCUUCUGGGACGAGUGCUCCUCCACCAGCGACUGUACCAAUGAUGGGAAACCGUACUACGAAUGCGUGGAGAUCGGCUGGUCCAAUCCGAAGAAGAAGAGAUGCCUGAGGAAACUUUGCAACAGAGACGUCCAAUGCGGCGAUACCACUCUGAGAUGUAGGGGUGGCAUCGGAGGGGGAGACCAAGCCGGGACAGUAAAGGGGUGGUGUGAUACUAAAACUCCCGAAGAAUACUGAAAAAAAAGUUAGCAGGUGCCAAUCCUGCCCCUCCCCAGCAAACUUUUCAUUUGGUUCAUCCCUGUGACCUUUGACACGAUGACGUCAGAUCUCCACG